AUAACGUUGAGAAUGCACUUAAGGCGGGUUUUAAGCAGGUCAAUGUAAGUACACCAGAGAUAACAGCACGUGCAUCCCACGGAUAGCCGCGGGAUUAUUUCUCACAAAAUAUCUUAAUUCUUCUGUUCGCUAUAAUGAUCCUGGAUAAAUGCCCUCUAAUCCCUACUCCAUUAAUUAAAAAGAGCACGAGCCCAUGGAGAACCUCGCCAUCUGCCGCGGUUUCAUUCCUGUAGACAGAUUGUGUUUUGAUCUUAUUUAAAACAAGAGGAUUGGACUGAAUUUUACAGCGGUGGAGUCAGUGUGAUGGAGGGAUGAGAGAAUGACCUCUCCCCGGUGAGAAGACGACAUGUCGAAACCUCGGCCUCCUCCCAUUUUCUUAUAACGAAACCGUCUUAAAACGUGUUUAAAGAAACCGUUUUUUCCCUCACAGACAUGUUUUAAAAGAAAGCUGGGUUUACUGAAACAGGAGAAAGCUGGGUUUACUGAAACAGGAGAAAGCUGGGUUUACUGAAACAGGAGAAAGCUGUGCUGAAAGGAGCCUGUUCCUGUCAAAUGAAAUAAAAAUGCAUUUUAUUUUCCUCGUUGGAUGAUAGUUUUGUUAAUGUGUGGUUUUAGUCUCCUAUUUGUAAACGUUGGGCGCUUGUGAUGAGUUUGAUUGGUGCUGAAGAUUAAUGUGUUGCAAUUGAAAUGGGUUUAAGAACAGAUGUUGAUUUUAGUUUUGGGAUGCUGGGAUUGAGCCAAUAAACACGCACGCACGCACACGCGCGCACACAGACAGAGCACAACAAAGCUAAUCAGUGCGAGCCGCCUCCAAACACAAACCCUCCCUCCCUCUCUCCUCUCCUCUUCACUCACAAUGUUCGCAGACAUUCACUCGGAUGGCACGAGACUGACCACUGCGUCAGCUUCAAGUUUUGGAUGCAGUCCGUCCGUCAGAUUAGAUUCAGUUUAAUGUUUGUGUUACAUUUACUUUAAAUGUAACACUUCUACACGGGUUUAAAGAAACGUUAUUUUAUGGCACUAUUGCCGCAUUUGUUUAAGUAAUCCGGACUUUGCUUUGUGCAAAUGGACCUACGGGGUGCGAAGAGACGACUGUCGCGAAAAUGGCAGGUGACCUGUCUGGCACUAGCGUGCGUCCUGGAUUUAGUUUGGGGACAAAUUCGCUACUCAAUCCCCGAAGAGCUCGAGCACGGGGCUUUCGUUGGAAAUAUUGCGGAAGACCUGGGCUUAAAUGUCGAGAGACUUUCCGCUCGCAGGUUUCGAAUUGUGUCAGGUGCAAAAAAACAGUAUCUGGAGGUGAAUUUAGAAAACGGAGUUUUGUUUGUUAAUGAAAGAAUAGAUCGCGAGGAACUCUGUGAGCAAAGUAUCUCGUGCUCCUUUCAUCUGCAAGUGGUCAUAGAAAACCCUUUAGAACUCUACAGAGUAGAGGUAGAGAUUUUAGACGUGAAUGACUAUUCUCCCAGUUUUCCGUGGGGCGAGUUUAAUUUGGACAUAUCCGAGUCCGCGGUUACCGGAUCCCGCUUUCCUUUGGAGAGCGCGCAGGACCUGGAUGUCGGGAGCAAUUCUCUGCGCUCAUAUUUGUUAAGUGUGAACGAACAUUUUGUUUUGGACAUCCAGACGCGGAGUGAUGGCAGCAAAUUUGCAGAAUUAGUCCUGCAGAACUCGCUGGACAGAGAGCAGCAGAAAACACACCAGAUGGUUCUGACUGCUGUGGACGGAGGCUCGCCCGAGCGCUCUGGAACUGCACAGAUCAACAUAACAGUUUUGGAUGCAAAUGACAACGCUCCGGUGUUCGACCAGUCGUUUUACAGAGUGAGGCUUGUGGAAAAUGCACCUAAAGGCACAGUGGUGAUUAAGCUAAAUGCCUCAGAUCUUGAUGACGGUCCAAACGCUGAUAUCACGUACUCAUUCAGUGGGCAUGCCCCCAUGAAGGUGCGCGAGCUUUUCAGCGUUGACUCGGGCACCGGAGAGAUCAAAGUCAAAGGACUAAUUGAUUAUGAGAAGGCUCGGAUGCACGAGAUAUAUGUUCAAGCUAAAGAUAAGGGUCCAUCGGCCGUGGCUGUUCACUGUAAAGUGCUGGUUAAUAUCUUAGACGUGAAUGAUAACCUUCCUGAGGUGAUUUUAACGUCCGUCUCCACACCUGUCCAAGAGGAUGCGCCUCCAGGAACGGUCAUAGCCGUUAUCAGCGUAAUGGACAAGGACUCCGGUGAAAAUGGGAAUGUUGACUGUGAAAUUCCGCAUCACGUCCCUUUUCAGCUCCAUUCCUCUUUUAAGAACUACUACACAUUAGUCACUAGCGAUUUUCUUGACAGAGAGAGAGUGCCCGAGUAUAAUAUCACACUCACCGCGAGAGACAUGGGCGCGCCUCCUCUAUUUACAAGGAAAACAAUACUCGUCGAAGUGUCAGACAUGAAUGACAACGCACCCCGAUUCAAGCAGCCUUCCUACACAGUGUAUUUGACGGAGAAUAACGCACCAGGAGCCUCUAUUUGCUCCAUAACGGCCAUUGAUCCUGAUUCGGACCAAAACUCAUAUCUGUCCUACUCUAUCCUGGAGGGUGACAUACAGGGGAUGCCCGUGUCCACCUACGUGUCCAUAAACUCUGACAACGGCAACAUUUACGCACUGCGUUCAUUCGACCACGAGCAGCUAAGAAACUUUCAGAUUUUAGUCCAAGCUCAAGAUGCCGGCUUCCCUCCACUGAGCAGCAACGUUACUGUAAACGUGUUUAUUCUGGACCAAAAUGACAAUGUUCCUGUCAUCCUAUCACCUGUACCAGUAAACGGCACGGCGGCGACUGCAGUGGUGCCCAGAACAGUGGAUGCUGGUUACCUAGUGACGAAAAUCACUGCGACGGACUCAGACGCAGGUCAAAACUCGCGUCUUUUCUAUCAGGUGCUGCAGGCUACAGACCCCAGUUUGUUCAGCGUUGCCCUGUAUACGGGUGAAAUCAGGACGAUUCGCCGUUUGGUUGAUAAAGACCCCAUAAGGCAAAGGCUGGACAUCCUGGUCAAGGACAACGGUCAGCCGCCGCUCUCGGCCACAGUUUCCAUCAUCCUGUCAGUUGUUGACAGCGUGCCAGAAUUGCAGCCUGAUUUCGGUGACCUCGCGUUGAGCCCCCAGUACCGCUCUAACCUUACUUUGUACUUAAUAGUAACCCUGGGCGCCAUCUCGUUCACGUUUCUGGUGGCUAUUAUUGUCCUGGCAACGAUAAAGGGUUACAGGGAUAGACAUUCCAUUCGAGGUUACAGUUUCUCUGUCAGCGCUUGUUGCGGGUUUCCGUCAGAAGAGUCCGCCACGGACGUGUACAAGAAGUCCAACCUUAACGUGCAGAUAUCCACAGGCACCAAAGGAAGCACGAAGUGCGUGGAGCCUGGUAGCAGCGGCCCGCUGUCCCAGGCAUACUGCUACAAGAUGUGUCUGACCCCGGAAUCCUCCAAGAGUGAUUUCAUGUUCCUGAAGCCAUGCAGCCCGAUAACUGAAGCGCCGCAGAAUAACACCAAGACCAGCGAGUACCUCACCUCGGCAUGGAACUUACACGACAGCAGGCAGUUCGUCAACAACGGAGCUACAAGUCCAAACGAGCUCAAGCAAGCAAACAAGGACUGGACAUUGACAAAAAAUCAACGGAAUUCAGCACACAAGAGCUACAGCUCUGUGAACAUGGAGCGGACCCUUCCACCGAGGCCCAGGCAGGAUCCAGAUGGCUUCUCCUGCCCUGCACCCCCUCAGUACUGGACUUGGGGAAGCCACGCCCGGGAAUACAAGAUGUCCCAGCAAGGAAUCGGGGGGGUCCCAGACCAUUCCUGGACCCCGAGGUACACACAACCCCCCUCAGCCCAGCCUCCACCGGACUAUCAGCACAACGUUUACAUACCCGGCACGCCAUCUGGGUACUGCACGCUAAAGCCAGCCCUGAGAGGGGAGCUGGACGUCUACAACUCCUUCUCCACCUUUGGGAAGAAGAGGAGGCUGGUGUCUCACUACGAGCAGGGUCUGGAGAGAGAGGAUUCCCUGAUCAACAACCACUUCUUCAAAUGAGGGACAUUGAAUCUUGAGAGACUGAACACUGAAACAUUCUAACGUUCAAGAACUACUUUGACUGUCAGUGGUGUUUUAUUGUUGUCUUCAUUCAACUUUCCUGUUUUGUUUGUUUCAUGUUUAUUCAUUCUGUGU